UCUGGGACUAUCAACGAGCACUUUCCUGUCUUUGAAAGAAGACUUCUUUGGCUCGCCUUCAUGUCGUUUUCCAAACCAGCGCCUUUGAGGAACAGCAGAGGUUUGUAAGGGCGCCGGAUGGUCGGCAGACAGACGCUCCGGAUGGACGGCGGCAGCUGCUCCGGGGCGGCGGUGGAUGACAGCCCGGCGUCCAGCCCCAGCUCCAGCCCGAGUCCGGACGGCCGCCGCCGGGAGCUCCACCGGGCCAGGGUGCUGCAGACGGCCGGGCUCGGCGGCAGAGGCCGGCCGGCGGCGGCCAACGCGGCCCGGGAGAGGAGCCGGGUGCAGACCCUGAGGAACGCCUUCCUGGAGCUGCAGAGGACUCUGCCGUCGGUGCCGCCGGACACCAAGCUGUCCAAACUGGACGUGCUGAUCCUGGCCACCACCUACAUCGCGCAUUUAACUCGAACUCUGCAGGAGGAAGGCGCGGAGGAGGGAGAGAGCACCAAGACUGAGGCGUUACACUCCCUGAAAGGAGACGGAUACCUGCACCCUGUCAAGAAGUGGCCAAUGAGAUCCAGACUGUACGUCGGAGCGAGUGGACAAUUCCUGAACUCUUCAAACCCUUCAGAGGAGAAUCAAGGCCCGUCAUCGUCCACAUCUCAGUAACAUGAACCAUCUACAUCCAGCAGUAUAAUUAAGUGCAUGAUUUCAUGCUUUAUUUCUACUGCAGCCUGUCCAAUUUCCACGGAAAGCAAUACAGUGUGAAUUAAUAUAUUAAGUGAAUUUAAUGUAUAGAAUUGGAGUAAACGUGUUCUUUAGGCUCAUUCCGUUUGCAUUGUGCAGUUCCACACAUGUGCCAUGGUUCAUCUGCAGGAAUUCCACGAGCCCGUCAUGCUUGACUUGUGCACUUUCAGUGGAGACAUUUGCACUAAAUGCAUGUGUGAAUAACUUAUCAUCUGUCAUGUGAAGUGGUCUGUCAGGGAGCCGACAAUGGAGGCUC